AUGGUGCCUCUUAUCAUUAACGCAAUGAUUGGCUGCCUACCUGGAUCCUCCAUUCCUGUCAAAGCUUGUCCUGGGAGGUUCUAUGUCUACAAACUCACCGGGUCCAUAAAGCUUGAUGUCUACUGCACAGGUGAGUGUUAUUGGAAGUUCUAUGAAUGACAUAGUAUAAACAAUUAUUCUCCACGAUGUCUGCAGACCAUUACUGUGAUGGACCCUCCAUCACUUGAUGCUCCUAGUGCUUAUCAAGGACCAUCAGCACCGCAGUCCCUACAUCCAUUGUUACAGCUUGGCUGGGAACUCACCGUCCUCUAACCAUCCUGGACCUACGACAAGGCUCCAGUUUCCAGUGGGUGAACCUCUCCUCCAAGAGAGAGUAGAAGGAACAAGCUCUUAAAAGAGCUUAGUGAUUAUAAUCCCUGGGGAGUAUAGUGAUAUAGCAAUCCCCAGGGUAGAUGCAGCCUUUCCCCCCACAUGAGACGAGACUGUAUGUUGAGGGUUAAACAGGAACUCAGCAGAUCUGAGGGUAUAUUGUCUUUUAUUCAGUUUUCCCCACAAGGUUACCACCCAGGUCACAAAGCCAAUCAGAACAGUACUGUACAGUUAGACACUCCCAGAAAAUGUACACAAUCCCUCCCCUCUGCCUGUGAUACAAUUAACAAAGACAAUGCACUAACUCAAUUACAGUAACUAAGCAGAAAAAAAAACAUACAUUUUUACAAACCCCAAAAAGUACCCCAAAAUACAACAUAUCCACACAUGUCACAUCCCUUGAUAGCCCCGAUCUGGGUGAACAACAUAUCCAAAAAUCACCCAGAUUAAUUCAGGGGUUCAGGAAUUUCCCGGAAGUCUUAUUUUUGCCCCACCGUGCACAUAGUCCCAUGCCCAAAACAGUUCCAUACACUUGACGACAAAACACUGCUGGACAAUUUAAGUUGGCCGCCGCCACAUGUUUGAAAGGGGCAUUGUGCUAUGUCCCAAUAUGCACAGACAGUGUUUUUAAAAGGCAAUACACCCCAGGGGCCACAGUCACAGGGUAAGAGGCUGGCAAGCAGGCCUCUCCAAAACCCAGUGGCGAGGUUACUUUCACCACAAUUACCCAAUCUAAAUUUUAUCUCAGCUAUCAAUAACUGGCGGGUGGUUAAAGUUGUGGCUAUUUUCUAAAGGAAAUCAGACAUCAUUCCUGGCUUAUAAAGGAUUAACUUAUUAUUGCAUUGUUUGCAUUAAAGGAACACUAUAUGGUCAUGAACACAAAGAUGAAUUCCUGACCCUAUAGUGUUAAAACCACCAUCUGGCCCACCUGGCCUCCCCAUGCCCCCCUAAAUAUAGUAAAAUCUUUUUCCAGUCUGCUGCUGCUGGCACUGCCCCUGAUCUGCCCUCUUGGCUGACAUCUUUAAUAGUGGUGAUCUCCACCAAUUAUAAUGCUUUCCAAUAAGAAAACAUUGGAUUGGCUGAGAUUGCCAAGGAGGUUGGCAGAGGGCAGAGGCAAAUGCCACUCUGGCUAAUCCAGGCAUCUCCUCAUCGAGAUACAGUGAAUAAAUGCAUCUCUAUUGGGAAAGUUCAGUGUCUGCAUGCAGAGGGUAGAGACACUGAAAGUCAGUCACACUGUGCAGCACUGCCCCAGGAAGCACCUCUAGCAGUCUGAGGAGUUGACAGUGGUGGUAUCCCUAGACUGUAAUGUCUCUGAAAAGACAGUGUUUACUGCAAAAAGCGUAGAAAGGACAAAUUAUACUAACCAGAACAAAUUCAAUAUGCUGUAGUUGUUCUGGUGACUACAGUGUCCCUUUAAUACUUUUUUUUUAUCAUUAAUAUAAAUCCCCAGGAGGGAUAAGCCAAAUGACAAAUGAUUUAGGUAAACUAGAAAAAUGGUCAGAAUUGUGGCAACUGACAUUUAAUGUGGAUAAGUGCAAGAUAAUGCAUCUUGGCAGGGCCGGACUGGGAAAAAAAUUAGGCCCGGGCAUUUUUCAAUUAGAGCGCCCCCCCCAAGAAGGGGGCGGGGCCAGAGAGGGUGUGUUUUGUCAUCACUAAUGACAAGUACACCCCCUCUGAAAGUGAGCAUGUUGGUUCAAUGCGCAGAGCCCCGCUGAAGAGCUAUAGCAUUAGAAAAAGGUCCUGUAUUUGUUCUGCGCAGCGCAAGCAAAUAUAAUAACAUGCUUGCGCUGUGUUUACUUUUAAAUUGUCUCUGGUGUCUCCACAAGUGGGAUACCAGAGGACAAAAGGGCCAGGAAAGUGUAUGGUGCAUGUGUUUGGCGCCUGCUUGUGGGAUUGCCUAUGUGUAGAGUGUGGUGUGGUAUUGUGUAAAUAGGUCGAUUUCAUUUGGGUUUGUGGUGUAAUAUGUGUGGCUAGGGGCUGUAGAGAGUGCGUGUAUAGGGGCAUAGUGUUAUAGGUGAUGUAGCGAGUAUGUGCAUAUGGGCAGUAGUGUGUGUGUAUAGGUGACGUAGUGUGUGUCACUUAUACACACACACUACUGUGUGUAGAGAGGGUGUGUUUAGAGAAUGUGUUUGCUUACAAGGAAUGUAGUGUGUGUGUAGGUGGUGCAGUGUGUGUGUAAGAGAUCUAGUGUGUAAAGGACCCAGAGUGUGUAUAGAAGAUUGUGUGUGUGUGUGUGUGUGUGUAGAGGAUUAAGAGUGCAUAUAGGGUAAGGGAUCUAGCGUGUAUCUGGAGCGUAAUGUGUGUAGUGGUGCAGUGUGAGGGGUGCUGUAGAGUGUGUGUGUGUGUGUAUAUAUAUAUAUAUAUAUAUAUAUAUUUGGACGUAUUGUAUGUGUGAGGUGCGCAGCGUGUUUGUGUAAGAGGAGUGCUGUGUGUGUGGGUGUUUUUAUCUGCCGUCACAUUCUGGGUUUCUAUUUUUAUUUGUCUGUUAACUCACUGAGGGUUAUUUUAUAUAAUAUAUAUGUGCUGUAUAUGUGUGGGAGUGAGGGUGCUGUCUGUCUGAGGGUGUUGUGUGUGUCUGGGGGUGCGCUGUGUGUGUCUGGGGGUGUGCUGUGUGUGUCUGUGGGGUGCUGUGUGUGUCUGGGGGUGCUGUGUGUGUCUGGGUGCUUUGUGUGUCUGGGGGGGCUGUGUGUGUCUGGGGGGGCUGUGUGUGUGUGUGUGUGUGUGGGGAGGCUGUUAGGGAAAUUAUUUUAAAUAUUUUUUUAUUUUAUUAAUAAUUAUAUUAUAAUAAUUAAAAAAAAAAAGUUAUGCUCCCCCCCCCCCUUCUUACCUUUAGCCUGGGAGGGGGGUAGCCGUGUUGCCAUGAGGGGGGGCCAUGCUGUCAUGCUUCCCUGGUGGUCGAGUGUUGAGAGUGAACUCCAGCCUGCAGGCUAGAGUUCACUCUCGCGAGAUCUGAGCGUUGCCGUGGUAACCGCGGCAAUGCUCAGAAUCCCGCGAGAGGACCCGGCGGAGCUGCUGGUUAGAGCUCCGCCGAUCCUCUCUCCUGCCUCCCUCCCUCCCCAGCCUGCGGCCGCCUGUAACACUGCCUGUUGGCCGGUGAGGGAGAUCUUUGAUCUCCCCACCGGCCCAUGGAGGCACUAUGCAGGGCCGGCGCUCGGGUAGCGCUGGCAGGGGAGAUCCUGUGAUCUCCCCUGCUGGCCUCGGCCCCACGGCCAUCGCGGCCCACCGGGCAUUUGCCCGGUAUGCCCGAUGGCCAGUCCGGGCCUGCAUCUUGGACGUAAAAACCCAAGGGCAGAGAACAGAAUAUUUGAUAGAGUCCUAACCCCAACAUAUGAAGAAAGGGAUUUAGGGGUGAUUAUUUCUGAUGAAUUAAAAGUAGGCAGACAAUGUAAUAAAGCAGGAAAUGCUAGCAGAAUGUUUGGUUGUAUAGGGAGAGCUAUUAGCAGUAGAAAGAGGGAAGUGCUCAUGCCAUUGUACAGAACACUGGUGAGACCUCACUUGGAGUAUUGUACGCAGUACUGGAGACUGUAUCUUCAGAAGGAUAUUGAUACUUUAGAGAGGGUUCAGAGAAGGGCUACUAAACUGGUUCAUGGAUUGCAGGAUAAAACUUACCAAGAAAGGUUAAAGGAUCUUAACAUGUAUAGCUUGGAGGAAAGACGAGACAGGGGGGAUAUGAUAGAAACAUUUAAAUAUAUAAAGGGAAUCAACACAGUAAAGGAGGAGACUAUAUUUAAAAAGAAGAAAAACUACCACAACAAGAGGACAUAGUCUUAAAUUAGAGGGACAAAGGUUUAAAAAUAAUAUCAGGAAGUAUUACUUUACUGAGAGGGUAGUGGAUGCAUGGAACAGCCUUCCAGCUGAAGUGGUAGAGGUUAACACAGUAAAGGAGUUUAAGCAUGCGUGGGAUAGGCAUAAGGCUAUCCUAACUAUAAGAUAAGACUAGGGACUAAUGAAAGUAUUUAGAAAAUUGGGCAGACUAGAUGGGCCGAAUGGUUCUUAUCUGCCGUCACAUUCUAUGUUUAUAUAUAUAUAUAUAUAUAUAUAUACAUAUAUACAUACACACACAUAUAUAAAAAUUGAGAAUAAUCUUGCACUCCACCUUCUUAAUUAAUAUAAUGCCCGGUGCUUGUCAGCCAAAAUACAAAAAAAAGUUUCCAAAGAUAGCACUCCAGGGACUUGAAAAAAGUUUGCUUUAACCCCUUAAGGACGGAGCCAAAUGUACACGUUGUGAACAAAACAAAAUGUAAACAAAACCUGGCAUUUGCGCUACAUGUCUGUCCAACCGUAAUACACCUCUUUCAUAGUAAAUGCACCCACCCUUAUUAUAUAUCAUUUUAUUCAGGGAAACAGGGCUUUCAUUUAAUAUCAAAUAUUUAGCUAUGAAACAUAAUUUAAUAUGAAAAAAAUGGGAGAAAAUACGAUUUUAUUGGAUUUUUUUAGUUCUACAUGACAAUUAAACGGUCAGUGUUAUAAUACUGUUUGCUUUUACUGCAAUAAAAUACACAUAUUUGUAUUCAGCAAAGUCUCACGUGUAAAACAGUACCCCCUAUGUACAGGUUUUAUGGCGUUUUGGGAAGUUACAGGGUCAAAUAUAGCACGCUACAUUUGAAAUUGAAAUUCGCCAGAUUGGUUACGUUGCCUUUGAGACUGUAUAGUAGCCCGGGAAUGAAAUUUACACCCAUAAUGGCAUACCAUUUGCAAAUAGUAGACAACCCAAGGUAUUGCAAAUGGGGUAUGUCCAGUCUUUUUUAGUAGCCAUUUGGUUACAAACACUGGCCAAAGUUAGCGUUAGUAUUUGUUUGUGUGUGAAAAAUGCAAAAAACGCCAAUUUUGGCCAGUGUUUGUGACUAAGUGGCUACUAAAAAAGACUGGACAUACCCUGUUUGUAAUACCUUGGGUUGUCUACUAUUGCAAAUGGUAUGCCAUCAUAGGGGUAAUUUUCAUUCUUGGGAUACCAUAGGGUCUCAAAGGCAACGUAACCAAUCUGGCGAAUUUUAAUGUGAAAAAAAUGAAACGCAAGCCUUAUAUUUGACGCUGUAACUUUUGAAAACAUUAUAAAACCUGUACAUGAGGGGUACUGUUGUACUCGGGAGACUUCACUGAACACAAAUAUUUGUGUUUCAAAACAGUAAAAAGUAUCAUAGCAAUAAUAUUGUCCGUUUAAUGCUGUUUGUGCGUGAAAAAUGCAAAAAACGUCACUUUUACUGGCUAUAUCAUCGUUGUAAUACAUUUUACUGUUUUGAAACACUAAUAUUUGUGUUCAGCGAAGUCUCCCGAGUAGAACAGUACCCCCCAUGUACAGGUUUUAUGGUGUCUCCGAAAGUUAUAGGGUUAAAUAUAGUGCUAGCAAAUUAAAUUCCCUUUACUUUCGGCAUGGGUUGUCAUGCAGGUCCUGCUAAUUGUAAUUAAUUAAGAUACCUAUUUAUGUAAAAAUAUUACAUAAAUAUAUAUGUAGAAUCAAUAUAUGUAUAUAUAUACGUAUGUGUAUAUAUAUGUAUAUAUCUAUAUAAUUUUUUUAAAUAUUUUUAUUUAUAUAUAGGUAUAUAUAUAGUGAUAUAUACGUAUAUAUUUAUGUGUAUAAAUAUAUAUAUUAUUUCGCUCUAUGUGUAUUUUGAUAUAUAUAUAUAUAUAUUAAUUUCACAAUACAGUUAGAACGAAAUAACACACAUCUAUAUAUUUUUUAAUUAUUUAUUUUUAAUUAUUUUUGUAAUUUUAUUUUUUAACGUAUUUACAUUUUAAUUUUUUUUAUAUUAUAUAUAAAUAUAUAUAUAACAAUAAUUAUAUAUAUAUUUAAUCAGUAUCAGUCUACGUGUAAUUUGAUAUUAAUAUAUAUAUAUAAUUAUAUAUAUAUUAAUAGUAAAAUACACCUAGACGCUGUACAUGUGUGUAUGUAUAUGUGUAUAUAUAUAUUUUGAUCAUAUAUAUAUAAUAUAUAUAUAUGAUCUAAGUAUAUAUAAUUUUAUUUUUUUACACUUUUAACUUAUUUUACUUUUAUUUUCAGCCAGCAGGGGGACCCCCUGUAAUUACAGGCAGCCCCCCUGCUGGCAAUACAGAAGCCAGCUAUACCCGGCCAUGUGAUUGUGGGGUCCUCGCUAGGACCCCACUCUCACACGCCGGGGGGCUUCCUGGAGGACGGUCAUGCCGCGGGGGGCUCCCUGGGAGUCCCCCCCACCGCGAUCGCCGGCGUGGGACCGCCGGCGACCGGGUAAGUACAGAAAGACCGGAGGGCGUACUAUUACGCCCGGCGGCGUUUAGAGCCGCCUAUUAGAGGACGUAAUAGUACGCCCUGCGGUCUUAAGGGGUUAAUUACCUUCCAAACAUCCAAAAUGUCAACGUUUCAGCCCAAUAACCUUAGGCUUUCAUCAGGACAUAAUGUGUAUACAGAUAAACCCACAUUUAUACCAUAACAUAAGUAAUAACUCACCACACUUGUGAAGUGACUGACUCCAUGGACGCCCGGACCGGGACAGCCGCACGGCGUCACGUUCAAUGACGCGGCCAAAGGUCGUCACCAUAGCAACCUAACAAAACAAAUGUGAUAUAACACACUACUCUAAUUAUAAAAACAAUGUAUCCACUAUCUUGCGCUAUUUUCAUGGGGAUAUAACCUUUACAUUUAUUUGGUUAGUUUGACAAGCCUAAUUGUAUAAAUUCGGAGUUAUUGGUAGCUAUGGUUAACUCAGCCGAUGGCUUAUUCAGCCGUUCAGUUUAAUUUAUAUAUUAAACAUGCUCUAAAUAAUAUAAUGGUUAGAUUUAUAUACUGUAGAAAUAAUGUAAAGGUUAUAUCCCCAUGAAAAUAGCGCAAGAUAGUGGAUACAUUGUUUUUAUAAUUAGAGUAGUGUGUUAUAUCACAUUUGUUUUGUUAGGUUGCUAUGGUGACGACCUUUGGCCGCGUCAUUGAACGUGACGCCGUGCGGCUGUCCCGGUCCGGGCGUCCAUGGAGUCAGUCACUUCACAAGUGUGGUGAGUUAUUACUUAUGUUAUGGUAUAAAUGUGGGUUUAUCUGUAUACACAUUAUGUCCUGAUGAAAGCCUAAGGUUAUUGGGCUGAAACGUUGACAUUUUGGAUGUUUGGAAGGUAAUUAAAGCGAACUUUUUUCAAGUCCCUGGAGUGCUAUCUUUGGAAACUUUUUUUUUCACACACAUAUAUAUAUAUACACACACACAUACCAUAUGUGAAUACAUAUAUCAAUUAUAGUGAUUGUUAGGGAGGAUCCCACCUCAUAGUUAUAGAUCACAAGAGGGAUCCAAUACACUGCCAGAGAAAACAUUGGUCAGUCAUCGGUCUGGUUUAUUGUAGAGUGAAAACAGUUGAUACAUCAGUUUAACCCUGUUACGGUUGCCUCCAGGCUGGCUGGAAGUUGGACCGUAGAAAGGAUGCUCCUAGCGCUCACCAAAGGACCAUCAGCACCGUAGACACCAUAACUACUGCGUAGUCACCAUAAGUACUGCAGACUCCACCAACCACCGCUGCUGGGCUGGUAUCUCGCCGUCUACUGUCCACCCUGGACCUACGACCAGGCUCCAGGUUUCAGUAGGUGAACCUCUUCCUGCUGUAGAGCGAAGCAGGAUCAGGAACAAGAGCUCUUACAAGAGCUCAGUGGCUAAGGGAGUAUGAAGAGCAUAGCAAUCCCUGUAGUGAUUAUAGCUGUCCCCUACAAACAUGAGUCAAGGCUGAAAGUUAGAGGGUCAAGUCAUUCUCAUUUAUUUGGCACCAAAUGGCCUUUGUUUAUGCAGGUUUUCCUUACAUAGGACCACCCACAGGGUUUUACAGAACAACCAAUAACACACGUACAUUACAGAAAACACUCCCAGCAAUUACACACAAAAUCCUCCCUUCUGAAAAAUACAGUUUUUCUACAUUUACUAUAACUUUAAAACCAUACAUCCAAUCUUCUGGUUGGUGCGCCUGUGUGGUACUUGGUUCAGUAUGCCCCAUUUACUGAACCAAAUAGCCAGGAACAAAGGGUUUUAACCAAGUCUGGGGACACAGGCUUAAAGGGGCAGUGUCCCAAACAAGUCUGGGGACACCGUCUUAAAGGGGCAGUGUCCCAAUGUUUCCUAUGCCCCAAAAAGGUGCUUAAAGGGCCAGCAACAGUCCCAUAAAAAGUCCAUAAGCCCCAAUAUGCCCACCGACUGUCUUAAAGGGCCAUACACACCCGGUCCAUAGGCUGGCAAAUAGGCUCCUCCAUAAUCCAGGGGAGCUUGGCAAUUUGUCAUUUAAAGGAACAGUUUCAAAAGGCAUUUUGUAACAAACCCUUUAAGGACACAUGACAUGUGUGACAUUUCAUGAUUCCCUUUUAUUCCAGAAGUUUGGUCCUUAAGGGGUUAAAUAAAUUAGUGCAUCUAGACCGUUUAUCUACACUAUGCACUAUAACAUGCACAAUGUAAUGUAGUCAAUAAAGCGUCAUUCACCCUCAUUUAUACUCUAGUUAUGAUUACCAGCAUGUAGAAAAAAAAAAACAAAUUUCUCUGCCAGAAGCCACUAGUCACUGAUUUAAUUCUUUAAAGUAAGUUGAAAAUGUUAGCAACCAACCGGCUUCCAAACAAUCAAGGAAGUUCCAAUGGGACAUACCAUUCACACAGUCAAGGAGGGGGGGAAGACUGAAUGGACUCUACCAUUUCAUUGUUAAUAUUACACUAGCAUUCAAGAGAUUGAUAUAAAUUGCUAUAGUAGUUUUAGAUACCUUUUAGAAUUUGUGUUUACUGUAUGUGGACUUGAUGCUGAGAAGCAGACAUUAUUUCCACAUUAUGUUGCCAUUUUCAAUAAGCUUUAUUGCUAGUAACGCCUUCAGGGUCCUAAUAUCUAUAAGCAAAGUAUGUAACCAUUUUUAUUAUUCUAUUUUGUGACAUCUACUCCAUGUGAGAAAACAGUAUUUUUGCUUUUAUACUAACAUUUCAGAUCCUGUGUAAAAUGUUGCAAGAUAAGGGACACAUUAUACUGGUUAAUGAUUUUCAUUCCACAAAUAUUUUAUAGAGGCUGUAAUAAAAUAUAAAAUAAUUAAAAAAAAAUUGUAUAAAACGUACAGAAUUUGAAAUUUUCAGUUUGUCAGCAAAGAAAUAUAUACACAAAGAUACAGUUUAAUGGUUACAUAUAAAUGGUUCAAAACAAAUGACUAGAAAUAUUUUGGAGCACUGAUAAGAGGUCCUAGUCAAAAUGGGCCCACCCCAGGUCACCUGGACCCCAUACACUGGUACGAGCAGUAAUGUAGAGUAAAGCAGCGCAAAUUGAGAGAUAUUUACAGAAGGGAGAGUAACGAUUGUCCUGUGUAAACCAUAGCCAGAGGCACAUAUGACUGAGAAUUAUGGGUGGGUUUUUCAAAUGAGAAGUGGAAACUGCAGAGAUUAAUCACCAUGUAGCUUCAACCACCCACAUAAUAAUCUAAGAACACUAUAACAUGCAGUAAUAUAUAUUGCACUGCGUGUUGCAGAGAUCCUCAGCUGAGGAACAGUCAUGAAAUAAAGAUAUUGAAAAUUAUAAUUUCAAUAAAAAAGUUGAGCAGAAAGCAGUAACUCACAUAAUGGUAACUUCAAUAAUGGCAUUGUAACUCGCAUAGUAACUCACAUAGUGCUAACUCCUGUAUUGGCAUAGUAACUCACAUAAUGGUAACUGCAGUAGUGGCAUAGUAACUCGCAUAAUGGUAUCUCCAAUAAUGGCAUAGUAACUCACAUAAUGGUAACUCUAGUAUUGGCAUAGUAACUCACAUAAUGCUAACUCCAGUAUUGGCAUAGUAACUCACAUAAUGGUAACUCCAGUAUUGGCAUAGUAACUCACAUAGUGCUAACUCCAGUAUUGGCAUAGUAACUCACAUAAUGGUAACUCCAGUAUUGGCAUAGUAACUCACAUAGUGCUAACUCCAGUAUUGGCAUAGUAACUCACAUAAUGCUAACUCCAGUAUUGGCAUAGUAACUCACAUAAUGCUAACUCCAGUAUUGGCAUAGUAACUCACAUAAUGGUAACUCCAGUAUUGGCAUAGUAACUCACAUAAUGGUAACUCCAGUAUUGGCAUAGUAACUCACAUAGUGCUAACUCCAGUAUUGGCAUAGUAACUCACAUAAUGCUAACUCCAGUAUUGGCAUAGUAACUCACAUAAUGCUAACUCCUGUAGUGGCAUAGUAACUCACAUAGUGCUAACUCCAGUAUUGGUAUAGUAACUCGCAUAAUGGUAUCUCCAAUAAUGGCAUAGUAACUCACAUAAUGGUAACCAGUACUGGCAUAGUAACUCGCAUAAUGGUAACUCCAGUAUUGGCAUUAUAACUCACAUAAUGGUAACUAGUAUUGGCAUAGUAACUCACAUGAAGGUAACUCCAGUAGUGGCAUAGUAACUCGCAUAAUGGUAACCAGUACUGGCAUAGUAACUCACAUAUCGUAACUCCAGUAUUGGUAUAGUAACUCGCAUAAUGGUAUCUCCAAAAAUGGCAUAGUAACUCACAUAAUGGUAACUGCAGUAGUGGCAUAGUAACUCGCAUAAUGGUAACCAGUACUGGCAUAGUAACUCGCAUAAUGGUAUCUCCAAUAAUGGCAUAGUAGCUCACAUAAUGGUAACUAGUAUUGGCAUAGUAAAUCACAUAAUAGUAACUCCAGUAUUGGCAUUGCAACUCACAUAAUGGUUACUCCAGCAUCGGUAUAGUAACUCACAUAAUGGUAACUCCAGUAUUGGCAUUAUAACUCACAUAAUGGUAACUCCAGCAUCGGUAUAGUAACUCACAUAAUGGUAACUCCAGUAUUGGCAUUAUAACGCACAUAAUGGUAACACUAGUAUUGUCAUAACUCGCAUAAUGGUAUCUCCAAUAAUGGCAUAGUAACUCACAUAAUGGUAAUUCCAGUAUUGGCAUAGUAGCUCACAUAAUGGUAACUCCAGUACUGGCAUAGUAACUCACAAAAUGGUAACUCCAGUAUUGGUAUAGUAACUCACAUAAUAUUAACUCUAGAAUUGGUAUAGUAACUCACAUAAUGGUAACUAGUAUUGGCAUAGUAACUCACAUAAAGGUAACUCCAGUAUUGGCAUAGUAACUCGCAUAAUGUUAACUUCAGUAUUGGCAUAGAAACUCACAUAAUGGUAACUCCAGUAUUGGCAUUGCAACUCACAUAAUGGUAACUCCAGUAUUGGUAUAGUAACUCACAUAAUGGUAACUCCAGUAUUGGUAUAGUAACUCACAUAAAGGUAACUCCAGUAUUGGCAUAGUAACUCACAUAAUGGUAACUCCAGUAUUGGUAUAGUAACUCACAUAAAGGUAACUCCAGUAUUGGUAUAGUAACUCACAUAAAGGUAACUCCAGUAUUGGCAUAGUAACUCACAUAAUGGUAACUCCAGUAGUGGCAUAGUAACUCACAUAAUGGUAACUCUAGUAUUGGUAUAGUAACUCACAUAAUGGUAACUCCAGUAUUGGCAUAGUAACUCACAUAAUAGUAACUCCAGUAUUGGCAUAGUAACUCACAUAGUGCUAACUCCAGUAUUGGCAUAGUAACUCACAUAAUGGUAACUCCAGUAGUGGCAUAGUAACUCACAUAGUGCUAACUCCAGUACUGGCAUAGUAACUCACAAAAUGGUAACUCCAGUAUUGGUAUAGUAACUCACAUAAUAUUAACUCUAGAAUUGGUAUAGUAACUCACAUAAUGGUAACUAGUAUUGGCAUAGUAACUCACAUAAAGGUAACUCCAGUAUUGGCAUAGUAACUCGCAUAAUGUUAACUUCAGUAUUGGCAUAGAAACUCACAUAAUGGUAACUCCAGUAUUGGCAUUGCAACUCACAUAAUGGUAACUCCAGUAUUGGUAUAGUAACUCACAUAAUGGUAACUCCAGUAUUGGUAUAGUAACUCACAUAAAGGUAACUCCAGUAUUGGCAUAGUAACUCACAUAAUGGUAACUCCAGUAUUGGUAUAGUAACUCACAUAAAGGUAACUCCAGUAUUGGUAUAGUAACUCACAUAAAGGUAACUCCAGUAUUGGCAUAGUAACUCACAUAAUGGUAACUCCAGUAGUGGCAUAGUAACUCACAUAAUGGUAACUCUAGUAUUGGUAUAGUAACUCACAUAAUGGUAACUCCAGUAUUGGCAUAGUAACUCACAUAAUAGUAACUCCAGUAUUGGCAUAGUAACUCACAUAGUGCUAACUCCAGUAUUGGCAUAGUAACUCACAUAAUGGUAACUCCAGUAGUGGCAUAGUAACUCACAUAGUGCUAACUCCAGUAUUGGUAUAGUAACUCACAUAAUGGUAACUCCAGUAGUGGCAUAGUAACUCACAUAAUGGUAACUCUAGUAUUGGUAUAGUAACUCACAUAAUGGUAACUCCAGUAUUGGCAUAGUAACUCACAUAAUAGUAACUCCAGUAUUGGCAUAGUAACUCACAUAGUGCUAACUCCAGUAUUGGCAUAGUAACUCACAUAAUAGUAACUCCAGUAUUGGCAUAGUAACUCACAUAGUGCUAACUCCAGUAUUGGCAUAGUAACUCACAUAAUGGUAACUCCAGUAGUGGCAUAGUAACUCGCUAGAUAUAGAUUCUCACCCACUGCGAGUCUAGAUACAGAUUCUCACCCACUGCGAGUCUAGAUACAGAUUCUCACCCACUGCGAGUCUAGAUACAGAUACUCACCCACUGCGAGUCUAGAUACAGAUUCUCACCCACUGCGAGUCUAGAUACAGAUUCUCACCCACUGCAAGUCUAGGUACAGAUUCUUACCCACUGCAAGUCUAGGUACAGAUUCUCGCCCACUGCGAGUUUAGAUACAGAUUCUCACCCACUCAGAGUCUAGAUACAGAUGCUCACCCACUGUGAGUCUAGAUAGUGAUGAACAGCAAGGCUUUUGGAGAUACUUUUAUAACCCUUUCCAGCUUUAUGCAAGUCAACAAUUAUUAAUCGUAGGUCUUCUGAGAGCUCUUUUGUGCGAAGCAUCAUUCACAUCAGGCAAUGCUUCUUGUGAAAAGCAAACCCAGAUCUGGUGUGUGUUUUUUAUAGGGCAGGGCAGCUGUAACAACACCUCCAAUCUCAUCUCAUUGAUUGGAUUCCAGUUGGCUGACAUCUCAUUCCAAUUUGCUCUUGGAGAUGUCAUUAGUCUAGGGGUUCACAUACUUUUUCCACCUGCACUGUGAAUGUUUACAUGGUGUGUUCAAUAAAAACAUGGCAACAUUUCAUUCUUUGUGUGUUAUUAGUUUAAGCAGACUGUGAUUGUCUAUUGUUGUGACUUAGAUGAUGAUCAGAUCACAUUUUAUGACCAAUUUGUGCAGAAAUCCAUAUCAUUCCAAGGGUUCACAUACUUUUUUCUUGCAACUGUGUGUAUAUAUAUAUAUAUAUAUAUAUGUGUAUAUAUACAGGGAGUGCAGAAUUAUUAGGCAAGUUGUAUUUUUGAGGAUUAAUUUUAUUAUUGAACAACAACCAUGUUCUCAAUGAACCCAAAAAACUCAUUAAUAUCAAAGCUGAAUAUUUUUGGAAGUAGUUUUUAGUUUGUUUUUAGUUUUAGCUAUGUUAGGGGGAUAUCUGUGUGUGCAGGUGACUAUUACUGUGCAUAAUUAUUAGGCAACUUAACAAAAAACAAAUAUAUACCCAUUUCAAUUAUUUAUUAUUACCAGUGAAACCAAUAUAACAUCUCAACAUUCACAAAUAUACAUUUCUGACAUUCAAAAACAAAACAAAAACAAAUCAGUGACCAAUAUAGCCACCUUUCUUUGCAAGGACACUCAAAAGCCUGCCAUCCAUGGAUUCUGUCAGUGUUUUGAUCUGUUCACCAUCAACAUUGCGUGCAGCAGCAACCACAGCCUCCCAGACACUGUUCAGAGAGGUGUACUGUUUUCCCUCCUUGUAAAUCUCACAUUUGAUGAUGGACCACAGGUUCUCAAUGGGGUUCUGAUCAGGUGAACAAGGAGGCCAUGUCAUUAGAUUUUCUUCUUUUAUACCCUUUCUUGCCAGCCAAUGCAUUGUGGGAGUACUCUUGACUGCAGAUGGAGCAUUGUCCUUCUUGAAAAUCAUGUUUUUCUUGAAGGAUGCAGACUUCUUCCUGUACCACUGCUUGAAGAAGGUGUCUUCCAGGAACUGGCAGUAGGACUGGGAGUUGAGCUUGACUCCAUCCUCAACCCGAAAAGGCCCCACAAGCUCAUCUUUGAUGAUACCAGCCCAAACCAGUACUCCACCUCCACCUUGCUGGCGUCUGAGUCGGACUGGAGCUCUCUGCCUUUACCAAUCCAGCCACGGGCCCAUCCAUCUGGCCCAUCAAGACUCACUCUCAUUUCAUCAGUCCAUAAAACCUUAGAAAAAUCAGUCUUGAGAUAUUUCUUGGCCCAGUCUUGGCGUUUCAGCUUGUGUGUCUUGUUCAGUGGUGGUCGUCUUUCAGCCUUUCUUACCUUGGCCAUGUCUCUGAGUAUUGCACACCUUGUGCUUUUGGGCACUCCAGUGAUGUUGCAGCUCUGAAAUAUGGCCAAACUGGUGGCAAGUGGCAUCGUGGCAGCUGCACGCUUGACUUUUCUCAGUUCAUGGGCAGUUAUUUUGCGCCUUGGUUUUUCCACACGCUUCUUGCGACCCUGUUGACUAUUUUGAAUGAAACGCUUGAUUGUUCGAUGAUCACGCUUCAGAAGUUUUGCAAUUUUAAGAGUGCUGCAUCCCUCUGCAAGAUAUCUCACUAUUUUUUACUUUUCUGAGCCUGUCAAGUCCUUCUUUUGACCCAUUUUGCCAAAGGAAAGGAAGUUGCCUAAUAAUUAUGCACACCUGAUAUAGGGUGUUGAUGUCAUUAGACCACACCCCUUCUCAUUACAGAGAUGCACAUCACCUAAUAUGCUUAAUUGGUAGUGGGCUUUCGAGCCUAUACAGCUUGGAGUAAGACAACAUGCAUAAAGAGGAUGAUGUGGUCAAAAUACUCAUUUGCCUAAUAAUUCUGCACUCCCUGUGUAUGUAUGUAUGUAUAUAUAUAUAUAUACAUAUACAUAUAUAUACACAUAUAUAUAUAUAUACACAUAUAUACAUACACAUAUAUACAUACACAUAUAUAUAUAUAUAUAUAUAUAUACACACAUAUAUACACACAUACAGAAUUUUUCUGGUUGUUGCUUUACAACAUGAUAUGACUUUCUUAGUUUCUCAUGUAAUGAGAUAUUCUAUUAAUGUGUACCCAUUGAAUAAAGAUUUUUUUUUUGUGUAUAUACACAUUUAUGGUUGUGCUCCUUACUCAAUUUGUAUUUGCAUGUAUCUGGGCUUUUGGGGAUAGAGCCUCAUGUAAGUGAGCACCCUAUAUCUAGAGCUCCUUUUGGGGCUAACUUGUAUUCAUUAUUGGAGUGUGCCGACCUUGUUUCAUUUUGUACUAACAUUAAUACAUUGUGAGCUUUAUUGUCCACAUAUCCUUCUAGAUAUCUGGUGAAUUUCCUAGUCUAAGGAUUUUCGGGAGGCUUUCAAUCAUAAACAUGCCUUCAGGGAAUCUAGAAUGCCCUAACUUGCAGUCAGCACAGCAGAAUCCCACGGCUGUAAACACUCUCAUAGAACAAGUACUUGCUGAGGGCUUCAUGCUAGGGCCUUUCCAGUCCCCACCAUUUACUGUAUGGAGGACAAACCCUGUCUGUCUUGUCACAGAGAAAACCUUCUUAAAACAAAGACUAAUAUUUGACUUAUCAGCAUCUCUGCAAUUCCAAAUCUCAACUCACUGAGUCCCUCUGAGGAGUUUCCCUACAGUACGCCACCAUUGACCAUGCCAUUACAGCCAUCAUCAAAGCAGGGGUGGGAGCUUGGUUAAGCAAGACUGAUAUAGUCAACCCUUUUUAAACUACUACCAAUCCAUCCCACACUUUGGCACCUACAUGGCAUUAAAUGGGAAGGCAGUUACUAUUUUUUUUUUUUCACAUUUAGCUUUUGGGUCAAAAAGUAGCCCUAAAAUAUUUGACAGGUUUUCAUGUUUGCAAGUGACUUUUUAAUGGUCGAAGAAAACACCUUCCCCCAAGAAGCCUCAGUGAAGCCAUUAGCCUUUUUGACUACUUGGGGAUUCCAGUAUCCCCUAAGAAAACAGAAGGCUCGGACAUCAACUUCCUAGGCAUCCAACUAGAUUCUAUUGCCAUGCAGGCAAGCUUGGACAAGAUAGGGAACAUACUCACUUGCAUCAAUCACUAUCUCCUAAGUUCAUGCAGUCGUAAAGAGUUACAAUUCCUAUUAGGUUCCUUAAAUUUUGUUAUGAGCAUCAUUCCACAAGGCCGCAAUUUUAUCUCCAGAUUGCUUUGUCUCUUCCCACACUUUUAUAAUGACUAACAUAGACUGACCCUGGAUGACCAAGCCACGGCAGACCUACUUAUGUGGCAGAAUUUCUUAACCAUAUGGAAUGGUAAAAGCAUGUUCCUCCCAGGGUUGUCUGAGAAUUCACCAACCAUUUAGUCAGACGCGGCGUCUACCACGGGUUUUGCAGCAAUAUAUAGGAACAAAUGGCUUUGGUGUAGCUGGACUGCGGAAGUCCAGAAUUUGGAAGGUUUUCCACUACCUCAGCACUUUUUGAGAUUUACCCAAUUGUGGCGGCUGCUGUGGUUUGGGGUCAUUUAUGGUUUGGGUUGUCCGUUCGUUGCUACUCAGACAACCAGGCCACAUGCCAGAUUAUCAACAAAGGCCGCAAAUCAUCUUUAACAAUCAUGAGAUUUCUCAGGAAACUAACCUGGUUAGUGGCAUGUUACCAAUUUUUCUUAGUAUGUCUUCAUAUACCAGAUGUUUGUAAUCAUCAUAUGCUAACCCUGUGGCCUAGCAACCAUAGCUUCAUGGCCACCACAACACAUACCCAACAUUGCCUUAGACGAUCUCACAUACACAAACACAUGGACCAUUACAUACUGGCUAUACCACACACUAAAAUCUUAAAAACAUAGCCCGCAUCCGCCCUUUUCUUGCACCAGAUACUACCAAGGAGCUUGUCCAUGCUCUAAUAAUUUCACGCAUGGAUUAUUGUAACCCUCUCCUGCUUGGUCUUCCCAAAAGCCGUACUGCACCCCUACAGUCUGUAAUGAAUGCUGCUGCUAGACUGAUUUUCCUCUCUAGUCGGUUCUCUCACACCUCACCCCUCUGCCAGUCCUUACAUUGGCUUCCUGUGUGCUAUAGGAGUCAAUUCAAGGCACUAACUCACACCUAUAAAGCACUGAACAACUCUAGCCCCUCUUAUAUCUCCUCACUGAUCCACAGGUAUGUCCCUUCUCGGUCUCUCCGCUCUGCCCGUGACCACCUCCUGUCCGUUGUCCGCACCCGUACGGCCAACUCGCGCUUGCAGGACUUCUCGCGGGCGGCUCCCUUCCUAUGGAAUAGCCUGCCUACCGCCAUCCGACUCUCCCCUAGUCUUGCAUCUUUUAAGAAGUGCCUUAAAACCCAUCUCUUUAGGAAAGCUUAUGGCCUCCAAGACUAACCCCUACCUCACAUACCCGUCUCUUGCCCUCUCCUAAAGGGCAGCCCACCUUAUUUGAUUGCACAUUCCUGUCCUAAUGUGUUUACACCCCACCUCCUAUAGAAUGUAAGCUCGAUUGAGCAGGGUCCUCUUCAACCUAUUGUUCCUGUAAGUUUAUUUGUAAUUGUCCUAUUUAUAGUUAAAUCCCCUUUAAUAAUAUUGUAAAGUGCUACGGAAUCUGUUGGCGCUAUAUAAAUGGCAAUAAUAAUAAUAAAAUGAGUCAACAUGCCCUACCUGUAGAAAUAACGUAUUACCCUACCCUCAAUAAAUGGUGCCCGGUAUUGGUUCUAGACUCCUAUCUUCAGAACUCCAACUUACAUCCUUCACAGCCGUUGUUCUCUCUACACGGCUCAAUCCUUACGACCUCUAAAUUAUGCAAUGUGCUUGAUAACCCAGCUAGGCCUUAACCCCUCUAACUAUUCUGGUCAUUCCUUAAGAAUAGGGGCGGCCUCCACAGCAUCCAGUGUCAACAUACCAGUGCACAUAACUAAAACACUGGGGCGUUGGAAAUCUUCUGCCUAUACACAUUACAUGCCCAAACCAGUCCAAGAGAUACGUAAUGCCUUUAAGGAAAUGUCUGGAUAAGUUGUAUGUAUUGUUGACUGUAUUAAACUUUUUGAUUGACCAUCUUUUGCCCUUGUUUAUUUACAGGCCUACAGCAUUGUUGGUUCCGGCACACCACAACCGACUUGCUCUUUUAUACUAUUCUACGCUUAUACUUAGCCUUACUCCUUAUGCGGCUUUGUGCCCCUAACACAAACACAUAUAUAAAUAAAUGUAAGAUAUAAAUUAAAAAAACAUUGUAUUUAUAUAUAUAUAUAUAUAUAUACAUAUACAUAUACAUAUAUAUAUAUAUACAUACAUACAUACAUACACACAUACACACACACAAUCUACAUAUAUAUUUAAUUAUAAUUUGAGAGACCUGCUUACAACCCAGACAGACAGUCCAGAGAAUGUAAUUGGCAAGCCCUAUAUUUAACCCUGUAACUUUCCAAAACACCAUAAAACCAGUGUUUUGUUUUACUCGGGAGACUUCGCUGAACACAAAUAUGAGUGUUUAAAACAGUAAAACUUAUCACAGCGAUGAUAGUCACCAGUAAAAGUGCAGUUUUUGUGUAAAAUAAAUUCAAAAAAACUAAUAAAAACUCUAACUUUGGCCAGCGUUUGUGACUAACAGUCUACUACAAAAAACUGGACAUACCCCAUUUUGAAUACCGUGGGUUGUCUACUUUUUCAAAUUGUAUUUCAUGGUGGGGUUAAUUUUCAUUUCUGGGCUGCCGUACUGUCUCAAAAGCAACAUAGCCAAUCUAGCAAAUAGCAAUUUACCAAAACAGAAAUUGGCAAAUCGUAUGUUUGACCCUGUAACUUUCCAAAUCAUCAUAAAAUCUGUACUUGAGGGGUACUGUUGUACUUGUGAGACAUUACUCUGAGUCUACACAAAUAUGAGUGUUUAGAGCUAAUAUCAUCGGUGAAAUGGCAGUUUAAGUGGGAAAAAUGCCCCCAAAAAUAUAAAAGCUAAUUUUGCCCAGUGGCUACUAAAAAAGACUGGACAUACCCCAUUUUGAAUACCAUGGGUUGUCUACGUUUACACAUUGUAUGCCAUAAUGGGGUUAAUUUUCAUUCCUGGGCUGCUAUAUGGUCUCAAAGGAAACAUAGGCCCAGCAAACCAAUUUGGCAAAUUUCAAUGUGCAAACAUGGAAAAGAGGAAGCCCUACAUUUGACCCCUGUAAGUUUGCAAACACCCAUAAAACCUGUACAUUGGGGGCACUGUUGUACUCAGAUGUUGCUGAACACAUAUUGGGGUGUUGUUUGUCAGUAACAUGCCUAAAGUACAAUGCGAGAGGAAAAAAAAACGACUACCCAAAUGUUUGACAAAGACUGGUGGUAGAAUUAGUGCAUGGAAAGUGUUAAAAUACCACCAUUUGAAAUACCCUAGGGUGUCAUCAUAUUUUAUUAAAAAAUUUAUAGUAAAUUAUAUGAUAUGAUGAAAAUAAUGGUAUCUUUAUAAAGACCAUUUAAUGGCGAGAAAGACGGUAUAUAAUAUGUGUGGGUACAGUGAAUGAGUAAGAGGAAAAUUACAGCUAAACACAAACACAGCAGAAAUGUAAAAACAGCCUAGGUCCCAAACGGUAAGAAAAAUUGGAAAAUGGUCUGGUCACUAAUGAGAUGCACGGAGGAAGAGAGACAGAGGAGAAAAAAUGUUUGAUAUGCUAAAAUGAAAAAAACUGUUGUUGAUCACUUUACUUUACUUUAUUACAGAUCCAGUAAUCAAAAUGCCUUCAACCACCACAACCAUUCUACCAACAACAGUGACCACUACCGUGCCAUCCUCAAUCACAAUGGUUUCUGCCAACACUAUGCCAACUACAGCCAAGGCCAUUUCCACUACAACUAUACCAACUACAGCCAAAGUUGUUUCCACAACAACAGCUCCAACUACAAUUGCUCCAGACAUACAAGAAGUAGCCACAACUGUUCAAGCUUUAAUAAGUAUUUUAACUAAAAUCCCAAUUAUCCCAUAUACAGCCUCAGACAUCACUAGAAAAACAACAAAUGUCCAAGGUAUAGCCACAGGAGUCCUUGAGACUCCUAGUGCCCCAGUUACUACUCAAACUAUUGCCGGAACAACCACAAGGGCCUCUGGCACUGUUCCAACUGAUCUACCUACAACCACAAGUGUCCCUGAUGUUACCUCAACUGAUCUACCUACAACCACAAGUGUCCCUGAUUCUACCCCAAUUGUUCUACCUACAACCACAAGUAGCCCCGAUUCUACCACAACUGUACUACCUACUUCCACAAGUGCUGCGGAUACUACCCCAACUGUUCUACCUACUUCAACAAGUGCUGCGGAUACUACCACAACUGCUGCGGAUACUACCACAACUGUUCUACCUACUACCACAAGUGCCACAGAUACUACCACAACUGUUCUACCUACUUCAACAAGUGCCACGGAUAUGACUACAACUGUUCUACCCCCUACCACAAGUGCCGCGGAUACUACCACAACUGUUCUACCUCCUACCACAAGUGCCGUGGAUACUACCACAACUGUUCUACCUCCUACCACAAGUGCCGUGGAUACUACCCCAACUGUUCUACCUCCUACCACAAGUGUCGUGGAUACUACCCCAACUGUUCUACCUCCUACCACAAGUGUCGUGGAUACUACCCCAACUGUUCUACCUACUACCACAAGUGCCAUGGAUACUACCACAACUUUUCUACCUACAACCCCAAGUGCCACGGAUACUACCACAACUGUUCUUCCUACAACCACAAGUGUCGCAGAUACUACCACAACAGUUUUACCUACUACCACAAGUGCCGCGGAUACUAACACAACAGUUCUACCUUCUACCACAAGUGCCACAGAUACUAGCCCAACUGUUCUACCUACAACUACAAAUGUCCCUGAUGCUACUCCAACUAAUCUACCUACAACUACAAAUAUCCCUGAUGCUACUCCAACUAAUCUACCUACAACCACAAGUGUCCCUGAUGUAAGUCCAUCUGUUCUACCCAUAACUACAAGUGUCACUGAUUCUACUUCAACUGUUCUACCUACAACCAUAGAUAUCAUGGGAACAAGUGUCAGUGAUGCAAUCAUUAAUGUUCUUGAUAUAACCAUAAGUGAACCCAAAAAUGUAUCUUCUGUAACCACAACUGUUCAAUAUGCAAACACUAGCAUGCCUGUUAACACUGCAUCUGUUCUGGAUACUAACCCAACUGACCAGGCGGUAACUUCAAAUGUAGUAGUAGCAUUGGAUGAAUCUGAGAUCACAGCCCUGUCUAAUAAUGCUGUUGAAAAUUUAGCAAAAAUGCCUACUGAUCUUCCUAUCAUUCUGACAAACACCAAGUCUACAAGCAGUGAAGGGUCUGGUGAAGGGUCAGGUGAUGAAGAUUUUUUACGUUUUAUAAACACUGUAGAGGUUGAAUCUGAGAUCGCAGUCCUGUCUGAUACCAGUGAAAAUUUAUCAAAAGAGCCAACUCUUCUUCCAAUCAUGCCGACAGACACCAAGUCCACAAGCAGUGAAGGGUCUGGUGAAGGGUCAGGUGAUGAAGAUUUUUUAAGUUUUAUAAACACAGUAGCGGAUGAAUCUGAGAUUACAGUCUUGUCUGAUACCAGUGUAAAUUUAUCAAAAGAACCAACUGUUCUUCCAAUCAUGCCGACAGAUACCAAGUCCACACGCGGUGAAGGGUCUGGUGAAGGGUCAGGUGAUGAUGAUUUUUUACGUUUUAUAAACACGGUAGCGGAUGAAUCUGAGAUUACAGUCCUGUCUGAUACCAGUGUAAAUUUAUCAAAACAACCAACUGUUCUUCCAAUCAUGCCGACAGAUACCAAGUCCACACGCGGUGAAGGGUCUGGUGAAGGGUCAGGUGAUGACGAUUUUUUACGUUUUAUAAACUCUGUAGCGGAUGAAUCUGAGAUUACAGUCCUGUCUGAUACCAGUGUAAAUUUAUCAAAAGAACAAAUCAUGCCGACAUCCACCAAGUCCACAAGCAGUGAAGGGUCUGGUGAAAGGUCAGGUGAUGACGAUUUUUUACAUUUUAUAAACUCUGUAGCGGAUGAAUCUGAGAUUACAGUCCUGUCUGAUACCAGUGUAAAUUUAUCAAAAGAACCAACUGAUCUUCCAAUAAUUCGAACAGACUUGUCUGAUACCAGUGUAAAUUUAUCAAAAGAACCAACUGUUCUUCCAAUCAUGCCGACAGAUACCAAGUCCACACGCGGUGAAGGGUCUGGUGAAGGGUCAGGUGAUGACGAUUUUUUACGUUUUAUAAACACGGUAGCGGAUGAAUCUGAGAUUACAGUCCUGUCUGAUACCAGUGUAAAUUUAUCAAAACAACCAACUGUUCUUCCAAUCAUGCCGACAGAUACCAAGUCCACACGCGGUGAAGGGUCUGGUGAAGGGUCAGGUGAUAACGAUUUUUUACGUUUUAUAAACUCUGUAGCGGAUGAAUCUGAGAUUACAGUCCUGUCUGAUACCAGUGUAAAUUUAUCAAAAGAACAAAUCAUGCCGACAUCCACCAAGUCCACAAGCAGUGAAGGGUCUGGUGAAGGGUCAGGUGAUGACGAUUUUUUACAUUUUAUAAACUCUGUAGUGGAUGAAUCUGAGAUUACAGUCCUGUCUGAUACCAGUGUAAAUUUAUCAAAAGAACCAACUGAUCUUCCAAUAAUUCGAACAGACACGAAGUCUACAAGCGUUGAAGGGUCUGGUGAAGGGUCAGGUGAUGAACAUUUUUUACGUUUUAUAAACACUGUAGCGGAUGAAUCUGAGAUUACAGUCCUGUCUGAUACCAGUGUAAAUUUAUGA